UUGAUUGAACAAUUUAUUUCUGUUAAAAAAAUAAGCAGUUCUACUUGCUCAACAUAAGACAAUUUAGAUCCAUGUAUUUCUGUUUCCAAGGUUACAAAUUUGUCAAUUUUUGUUAGAGUUUGUAGUGUAAAGUUAGAACAAUGCCUACACCUGAUAACUCCAAGAUGAAAUCUGAUGAAGAGUCCGAAGAGUCAGAAGAGUCUUUCACCAAUGAAUGCUUCAGGCUCAAGCCGCGACGCUACUGUGGUACAUCAAACCUCCUUAAAAAUGACUUACAUUUUGUGGACAAAAAGACUGUGGCUAGCCUGUCAGGGCGGGUGAUUGUCUUUAAUAAUCUCUUCACAAAAAAGCAACAUUUCAUAAACCUAUUUGAAGCGCUGACGGAGAUACACAUGAUGAUUAUGGCCCCAGACAGAAAGCACAUAGCGUUGGCUGAAAAAGCCUACAAUAAACCGUUUAUUUCUGUGUACAACAUCGAGCAAGGUAAACGUGUUCAAGUAUUGCGAGCUCCGAGGAGUACCAUUUCAGUAAAGCAAUACACGACUAUUACGUUUACUUGUAAAAGUGACACGAUUGUCGCUGUCGCCGGGGAUCCGGAUUGGAAAGUUUUGUUUUACAACAUCCACACGGGCACUUUGAGCUCUGUCAUCAAUAAAAUCGGAAAGAAGAGAAAAAGACCGAAAGUGACCCAGAUCUGCUGUCACCCGAACGAUCCGACUCAGAUGAUACUCCUAGGAAACGACUAUUAUCAAAUGUUUAGAUGUGUGGACAACGAAUGGAGUUCCUACGGUUUCAGCGGGAUGCCUAAUGUUAUAAUAACAGGUACGUGCUGGGUCUCUGUGGUCACCACUCUCCUAGGGACAAAAGACGGACGUCUGUUAUUCUUGGAAAAUGGCCAUGUUCAAUGUGUGUACAAAGCAUGCAACAUCUCUUCUAUAAAUAUAGCGACCGAAGAGCUGGACAAUGCUUUGUUACAAGAUACUGUAGACACGAAAGGCAGCGAUCUUAGCAUAGAUGAAGAGGUACGGGCUUUGAUCGGAUUCGAGCAAGGGUUCGCUUAUUCUUGCAACUUAGGAGAGGUGAUGUUAUUCCUAAGACUUUCAGAAUCCGAGCAAAACAAAAAAUGGGCAAAGAGGGGGGUGUAUCGUGUGUGCGGACCUCCGGUCGGUGUCAUAGACAUAAAAUUGAUCGACGUCAUUCAGCACAUCUGCAUCAGCCCGGAUGAAAACGUCAUCGCCUGUACAACAUUACGAGAAGAAAUCUUUUUCGGCGUAAUCCAAGAAGACUUUCACUGGAAACAAAUAACAGAGGUCAAUUUUAGAAAAUUGUUCGGGGACAUCCACCAGGGACCUAUCGCCACUGUCAGUGUGGCACAAUGGAAAUGUAUUUUUCUCACUGCCGGAAUAGUUGAUAGGACUGUCAUCGUUUGGGAUUUCAAAGCGCUCGAUAAACUAUUUCGAAGAGAAUUUCAGGAUGACAUUCACAGUGCGAGUAUACAUCCGACUGGAAUGUUUUGCCUAUUAGGAUUUACCGACAGGAUAAGGUUGUGCGUUGUUUUUGUAAACAAUUUACGAUUUAUAAGACAUGUUGCAAUCCGUGCUUGUUCUCUGUUAGAAUUUUCUUCAGGGGGUCACUUAUUCGCAGCACUCAACGAUGUGUAUAUUCAAGUGUACUCGUCCAUAACGCUCAAAUGCCUCUGCAUAUUCAAAGGGCAUGUGGAGCCGGCUCGAUGCAUCAGGUUCAGUUCAGACGAUUAUUUCAUAUUCUCUUCCGGCCUUGAGGGUUCAGUUUUUAAAUGGGCUGUCAAAAAAGGUGUGCGGAGUUUCGACUACUUCACAAGGCGAAACGUCACAUGCGGAAUCGAGUUCGUCGAAUCGGAAGAUAUGUGCUAUUUGGUGGGCACGGACGGUUUCCUCAGGGAAUUGGUGCACGGAGAACUGAACAGGACAUUUGACUUGGCAUUGGGGUCGUUGUACACCAUCAGGCUUUCGACCUGCGGUAGAAAAAUGUUUGCCGCCGGAGAAGAGGGCAUAAUAGUCUCACUACCCAAUCCGAUUUACACUCCUAUAACAUACAUAGAAUACGCCAUGCACACAGCCCCCGUGAAAAAAGUUUUAAUGACACAUGAUGAUAAUUUACUCAUGUCUAUAAGUGAUGACGGUUCAACCUGUUUCUGGGAUAUUUUACCACCUGGAAGUGACGAAUCUUCAUCUUCUAGUGCUGGGAUUUCAGAAGACGAAGAUGAAAACUUUGACCUGGAUGAAGUCGAGGAUGACGGAAAGUACCUCACACACGUCAUAAUCGACUUGGUGGAUUGGAACUACAAGAAAAAAUAUAUGUUGGAGCUGGAAUCGAGAAUUGUUGAAUUGGAGAAGGAAAACGAGUUCAUACUAUGGCAAGCGCUUUCCGCCUUUGACAGGCUGGUCAAAAUAACCCAGUCCGAAUUCGCUCAAGGGGUCGCGAAACUUGAGGUCCAGUUAAACGCCAUAGACAGAUCGACUGUAACACAACUUGGAGAGUGGACGGCGAUGAUAGCAAACAUAGAAGAAGAGGAACAAGAAUUGGAAGUGGCAGUGGCACUUAGGAGUGAUAAGCUUUUUAAAGGGUCAAAAUCUUUCAUGGAAAAGUAUAAUAUGAAAAUUCUACACGUCAUCGAUUCGACUCUAAACGGGUUCAAAGAAUUCAGCAAACUCAAAAAUAGAGAUCUUAUAAACAAACUCAAAGAGCAUAACAUGUUAAACUCCGAGAUUGAAAAGUUAGAGAAGGUGAAUAUAGAAAACACCCAAAAAAAAGAAGACGAAACCGACAAAGAAAUAUGCCAGCUGAAAAAAAAUUAUGAUGCAAAAGUUGCAGAGGAAGAAAGCAUCAACACCUCGCUCCGCAGCGAGAAUGAAUUUCUAGCCAAGCAAUGUAUGAAAAUGAACAGAACGAUAUUGAAGUGUCAUUUUAGACUGUUGUCAUUAGUAAAACAAAAGAGACAAAUGCAAAAAAGCGCCAAUAAAAAAGAAAUGGUUGCGAAUCAACUGAGGAAUGAAAUCGCCGUAAGAGAUGAGCAAGUACGGCGCAACAACAAUGCUCUGAGAUAUGCCAUCUCCUUACAGAACAGUUACAACAAACACAAGAUCGUAAUGAAUCGCAAGGUGAAGGAAGUUCAAAGCUUGGUCGACCCGCUUAAACUGAUAUGCAGACAAACAAUAGAGAGGUACAACAAGCUAGAGUCACGUUUCAACGCAAAGAACUGCAUUAUUUUACGUAGAAAGAAGAGGUUCAAGCAGAAGAAGAAGCUAUACCGCCAAAUCCGCAAGGCAAUGACGUUGAGCUGGAAGAGGAGCGAGGCAGUCUUCCGAGUCCUCCGAAAGAUAGAAAAUGAAAUCAAUACGCAUGCUGCUGCUAUUAAUGAGCCUAAAUCGUUUAACAAGUUACUAUCAAAGAUAUCGAACCAGUUUGACAGAAAAGUAAACAAUUUAGAGGCGACACGCGAAAUUCAAAAAGUCAACGAAAUCCGAAGGCAACGAGAGUAUCUUGAAGAAAUGGUCGACAACUUAAAAGGAUCCGUAAAGAGGCACGCACUGCAAAAGUUCAUCUUCAAGCGCACGGCCACUCGCAGAAUCGCGAGAGAGGUAAAGAACCACCUGGAAGAAGUGAACGCGCACAUAGUGUGCUCGUACCGCGAGAAGAAGAAACUCCUGUCCACACAGAAAGCUCAUCAGCAAUCAGAACUAAUUUCAACAACGCUGACAGUCCACGAACGGUUUAACCAAACCGUCAAACCGACCAGAUCACAUGUGGUGAUGAAAGCGCUUGAAAUAUUGAACAAGUUUGGCACCAUUGAAGAGGAAACCAAACGCGGAAUGAAAAGCUUGCAACACAAAUAAUCUCACAUCUUAAGAAUAAAUCUUCCUAUAAAUAAAUAAAACAAACAUGAAAAAGUUGUAUUUUCU